UUCUCUCCAUGAUCACUCAUUCACUCUCUCUCUCUCUCUCUCUCUCAAUCAUGACCAUCAAUCAGAUUGGCUUCUCUUUCAGUGAAUCAGGUUUCUCUCUCUCUCUCUCUCUCUCUUCUGAGGCGGUUUGGCGAAGGUUGGUUCAGUAGGCCAUUGAUAUUGUGAAUCUUGGCAGGAUUUUAUAACCAUGGCAACAAAAAGAGUAAAGAGAAACUGUGGAGAAAAAGGGGUACAAAAUGAGCCCGACAUCAUGGCCGAAGACCGAAUAUCACAAUUACCUGAUUCUGUCAUAUAUUAUAUUUUCUCAUUCCUUCCUACCAUUCAUCUUGUUAGAAUGAGUCGUGUUUCAAGGCGUUGGAGACGGAUGUGGGUUUCUACUCCCUUUUUAUAUUUUGAUUGUCAUUUCGAUGAUGUUACUUUCACUGAGAAGGUAAAUAGAUCAAGUAUGUUCCUAAAAUUUGUGGGAAACUGUUUGAGAUGUCGAAAGCUGUACAUGCAACCAGAUACAUUCAUAACAAGUUUUAAGCUUCACACGUAUGAUAAACUUGGACACCAUGCUGCUCAAGAAGUAGAUAAUUGGGUGAGGUUUGCCAUUCAAAGCAGAGUGAAGGAGUUAGAUCUUCAAGUGGGAGAGUACUGUAUUCCUCAGUUUGUUUUUACCGCAAAUUCAUUGACGCAACUGAGGUUUCAUGCUUUGGGGUUUGAGGUCGCUUCACUUUCAACCUCAAGUUCAUUAACUCAGCUUAAAUUAAGAGCUUUGAAGCUGGAGUCGAUCAUUUCAAUUGAGGCUCCCAACCUUUUCCAAGCCAAUUUAAGUCUUACAGAUGGUGGCUAUGGAUCAGCUUCAUGUUUUGAUCUUUUACAUUUUCUUGCAAAGCUCCACGGCUUGAAGAAGAUGAAGCUGUCUACUUUCUGGGAAGAGGAUAUAAUUUUUCCAGAAGAUAUAAGAAAUACAUCGUCUCCUCCCUUGCCUAAUUUGAAGCAUCUUGAAGCUUCCUUAUACGAUGAGCACAAGAAAAAUUCAGAACUGCUGGAUUUUUUGGUUUGGUGUGCCCCUUCUGUAGAGACUCUCAAAAUAAAUGGUAAAAUUUUAUUGUAAGUAUUAGGGUCUUUUUAAAAGCUGAUUUUUAUACUUAAAAACUACAUUUGUAAAGGUUGUGCAUUUGUAAAGGUUGUAAUUUUGGAGCUCACUUAAGCAUUGUUUCAUUUUUCUUUGGGUAA